AUGGCUACGCCUACCAAGAUGCCAUAUCGCUUCCUGGGUGACUCGAGACUCCUUGUGUCCAAACUUGCACUCAAUUCGUGGAUGUACACUGACCAAACCCAAACCGUCGAGGCUUGGUAUGAGAUGAUGAAGACCGCCUUCGCGCAAGGUGUCAACUUCUUCGACUCGGCUGAAAACUAUGUACUCGGUCAAGCGGACGUGCUCAUGGGUGAUGCUAUCAACAAGAGGAUCGAGGAGGGCUUCUGCAAGCACUUAAUUGAGGGUACCCAGGCCGCGCUCGCGCGUAUGAGAAUCGACUACGUCGAUGUCAUCUUCUGCUAUCACCCCGAGCCAUGCAAUCCUAUCGAAGAGACUGUGCGUGCCAUGAACUACAUCAUUGAGCAUGGUUGGUCCUUCUAUUGGGGCACCAGCAACUGGCCCGCGAGUUCCAUCCUCGAAGCGUGUGAGAUCGCUGAUCGCUUGGGCUUGAUACGUCCCGUUGUCGAGCAUUCUCAGUACAAUUUCUUCUCUAGGGACCGCGUCGAGAACGAGUUUACGACGUUGUACAAGCGGUAUAAGCUCGGAGUGACUGCGUGGUCGCCUCUCGCUUUCGGGACGCUGUCUGGCAAAUACACGGUCGAUUUCCCCGAAGGCUCGCGCUUCACGAUGGAGCCGACCAAGAGGAGCAUGUUCGGAGGUGAGACGUUUACUAAAAACGUCGAGAAGGCUGAGAAGCUCAAGGUCAUCGCCGAGAAACUGGGCUGUUCCUUGGCUCAGAUGUCGCUCGCGUGGCGCUGUCGUUCGUACAAUAUCACUCCAGAGGUGAAGGCGGAGAUUGACGAUAUCGUCCAAUACGUACCAACGCAACCAUGGGUCAACCACCUGCAGGAUAUCCGCAUGCGACACCUCUAG